AUGCCUCGGAAUUUGGAGACCAACAUUCUCACAAAUAAUGGUCUUAAGGAUUUGCCCGAUAACAAGGAAGACUUCCAGUUGAUCUGGCUCGAUGAACACAUUGGUACAUCACCUGAUACGCGUAUGACAGAAAAAAUGCUUCGAUUAUUGAAUGCAAAUACCAAAUUCUAUAAAAAUGAGAACGAAUGCCUUCAAAUGAUUGAAAAUUUACAGGGGCUAGAUAUCCUACUUGUUGUGUCAGGAAUAUUCGCCCACAGUAUUUUGCCUAGAAUUCAUGAACUACGUGCAAUACGUGGAGUCUUUAUAUUUUGCGAAGCAAGUAACUUAUAUCGCUGUCUUCUUGACGAUUAUUCGUCGAAAAUAGUUGAUAUCUAUAACGACCGAGAUGCUUUAUUAAAAUCAAUAUCUAAAACCAUGCAUCUGAUUGAGAAGCAAAAUACGGUUUUUCUUCUUUUCGAUCGGAAACAAAACUCAACACGUGACCUGUCGAGAAAUUUCACAACAUUUCUGUGGCAUAGCCUUCUCAUCCGUGUCCUUAGAAAAAUGACUGUCGAUGAAAAAGCAAAAAAUGAUAUGCUUGAUCAUUGUACUGCCUAUUAUCGACAUAACAAAGAAGAAAUAAAAAAGAUUAAUCAGUUUCGAAUAUCCUACACUUCUGAUCAAGCCAUUAAAUAUUACACUAGUAACUCUUUUCUAUACAAGCUUCUUAAUAGGGCUCUACGUACAGAAGAUGUCAAACUAUUAUAUAUUUUUCGAUUCUUUAUCAUCGAUUUAUGUAGUGAGCUGGAAAAAGAAAAAGAAAAACAAACAAGUAAUGGACCGAUUACUUUAUUUCGAGGCCAACAAAUGUCAAAAGAAGAGUUUGAAAACUUGAAAAUUAAUAUUGGAUCACUCAUAGCUGUCAAUGGCUUUUUAUCAACUUCUCGCAGUGAAGAUAUUGCCCUUGGGUUUAUUUCUUCUGGCAAUAUUACAGAAAAUACGGUAAAAGUACUGUUUAUAAUUAAAGCGGACCCUAAACUGAAAACAGUUGUAUUCGCCGAUAUCAUGGGGCAUAGCGAAUUUUCAUUCGAAGAAGAAGUGCUGUUUUCACUUGGAUCUGCAUUUGAAGUGGAUAGUUGUCACUUUGAUGACGUUCGUGGCAUAUGGUGUAUUCUUCUAAUGGCUACAGACAAUGGGUCAGAGCUAGUACAGACGUUUCUAACCGCGCAAAAUGACCAACUGCAAAUAUAUUCGCCAACAAUCUACUUUGGGCGCCUUUUGAUGAAUGAACUGGGUCAAAUAGAUACUGCUGCUGAAUAUUUCUACAAUCUGCUAACUACCCUACCUGAAGAUCAUCCUGAUAUAGCAGAAGUAUAUAAUCAGAUCGGAGCAGUUCAUUAUUUACGAGCCGCUAAUGAUGUAUGUGUACGACCUGAAAUACAGACUUUUGAGUUACAUAAAAAUGAUUUCGGCGAGGUAAGUUUGGUUGACGUUUCGCAUCUUCCAAGGAAAGAAAAGAAGAAGGCACUAGCUAUGUUUGAAAAAGCUUUAGAGAUACGAAGAAAGGCAUUAGGUGACAAUGAUAUCCGUAUUGCUAAUGUUAUGAAUAAUAUUGGUUCCAUUUAUAAUGAUUGGGGAGAGUAUAGUCGUGCACUUGAAUACUAUAAUCAAGCAUUGACUAUAUUUGAGAAUCUUAAAAUAGAAAACAGCUCUUUCAAAGCAAACAUAUUUGAAAAUAUUGGAAUUGCAUACGAGCGUCAGAAGCAAUACAAAACGGCAUUUGGCUAUUAUACUCGAGUUAGUAAGAUUUAUUUCCAGUGUUUACCUCUAGAACAUCCAUAUUGUGCGCAGAUUGCAACGCAAAUAGCGCAAUUGAGUGAAAAAAUUCUUGACUCCAGCAUUGUCCUCAAAUAUUAUUGCCAAGCAUAUGACAGCUAUGAAAAAAUGCGGCUGCCUUCGGAUCAACAAUUUCAAAAUGUAUGGGAAAAUAUUAUUCGUCAUUCUCUGGCUACAAAUAAUGAAGAACAGGCAAUGGCUUAUUUGAAUAGAGUACUGGAAACUUGUAAGAGAUUUUCACCUCAACUUAAUACAACAUCGCAGCAUUAUAUACACUUUAUGGCACAAAGCUUCGAGAACGUUCUCGAUUUCAACAAGGCCUUAGAAUAUUAUAGAGAAUGUAUUAGAUUAAGUGAAUUAGAAAUGAAUAAACCAAUGAAAUAUUCCAUAUUUUCUCAGUGUGAAUUCCAACAUUUCAUGAAUGAUUUUGACGAAAAAACUUCUGAAGAACACAUCUCUAUAAUCGAAUUUAAGACAAGCGCCUAUGAAAAGCUAUUUUCUUCCAACGAUUUGAAACACGCAUCCUUUCUAAGUAAUAUGGCAAAUCGACUUGUUAAAUAUGAAGCUGAUGACCUUGCAUAUCGUUACUUCCAGAAAGCUUUUGAAAUGUAUGAAGCAUUGGAACUACCAGAUGGAAAUGAAAUGUUCUCUUGUUGGAAAAAUUUAGUCUCGAUUUCCUUCAAGAACAAGGAUGAGCAAUCUGCGCUUCGCUACUUCGAGCGAGCAAGAAAAAAAUGUAAAGAUCUCAAAAAUGAUGAUCCAACCCAAAUAGGCCUUGCCUCUGAUAUGGCUUUUCACUAUCAGAAGAUGCAAAACAUUUCUAAUACUCUUCUAUACUAUGAGAAAGCUUUUGUAGCAGCUGAAGCUAUACGAUCAUUUCAUAACAUUUGUGAAUUGUUAAAAAACAUAUUUGCAGUCUGUUUAUAUAACGGACAGGAGCAAACAUUUUGUUUAUAUAUUUGGCGCGCCGUUAACGUAUUCGAGCAAGAUCCUGUUAAACUAAGCAAGAUAUACUAUUAUAUAGGCGAUUUAUACGAAAAACAAAACAACUUCGAUGAAGCGUUUCGUUAUUAUGAAGAGUUUUUAAAAGCUACUGAGAUGAAAAGCAUUUGCUUCAGUCAGGUUUUAGACCAAAUGUGGACUGACUUUGUAGUACGCAUGGGUGAACAUCCUAUUGGUUGGGAAAUAUCAGGAAUAUUUAGACUAUUUAAAUGCAUGCGUAUUUGUAAUCAUCUGGAUAAGAUACAUUACAAGCGUGCUAUUGUUUUGUAUCUAAUUGGAAAUCUGAAUGAAAAAAUGGGUUUCAGCAAUCGCGCUUUAGACGAUUAUUCAGAGGCAGUUCCAAUGUGGGAAGAAAUUGUGCAGAAGAAGACUGAUGUAAGAGCCAUUGCUGCUUUACAAUACUUGUGGAGAUUCUGUAAUAAUGACCUGAAUUCGCUUGCCAGCUUGCUUAAUAUAGGAACUUUCAAAUCUUUUUACGGGGAAAAAACUCUAGAAAUUGAUCAGUGCAAAUGGCAAUGCAUUCUUCAGCGCUUUAAAAUGUUAAAAAUGGUUCGUUUAAAAGAAAUGUGGAGAUUCCAUAUAGAAUUAAUGACCAACAUAAGAAAUCCAUUAUGGUGCGAUUAUGUAUUUAAGAAAAUGCUCGAAGUAUAUAACGAAGAAUUUGAUGAUGAUAAAGAGAACAUGUCCUCAGAGGAGACUUCAGUUAUAUGCUGUCUCGAAUACGUCAGUCAUUGGUAUUUUGAAAAUCAAGAACUUCAUCAGAGUCUUCGCUAUCGACAAUAUCAGCUAGAACUUGAAUAUAAAAAGUAUAACCAUCGGCAUUGCUAUAUUGGAUGGUCUUUAUGGUUUAUAGGCUUAGUGUUACAUAAAAUGACUGAAUACAGAACGUCAUUAGGAUACCUUACGCAAGCCUUGAAGAUUUUCGAACACAGCUAUGAAACUGAAAAUCUUGACAUUCGAAUGCUCAAGUCUCACAUUUUAGCAACUAGUAUACACGUCACCGAUGACGAAACCUCAAAAGUCAAUAAUUGCAUAAAACAUUCUUUGGCACAGAGAAAUAAGGAAAAAAUCAAGGUUUCCGGAACAUCAUGUGCUCCAACCUUACUAGAAAAAUAUUUUCAUGUUGACUAA